UGAUAAUCAGUCGCGACAAAUCUUGACCGCAGAAGGGUUGUACAACUCGAUGCCCAUGAUCGGCUCAGAUUGCGGGUUCGUCGUAUAGGGGGCAAACUCGUGCACCUCCCCACUGUCAUAGAUUACAAGCAGGACAUCGACAUUUCAAGUCUAGACUCUAGAUUACGAUGACGGUCACGACACCCAAUGGUCGGGACAGUUCAACGUGCUGAGAUGUUAUCUUUCAGGCUGGAAAGCGCUCCUCACUGUUCAAGAUCGACCCAAUUUUAUCCGAGGGCUUCUCACCGUCAGCUUCAAAUGUGCUGCUUAGCGCGGAACAGAAGAAGCUGGUCUGUGCGGUUAGGGCAACGGGAAACGACAGAAUGGAAGGUCGAUUCUGAUGCAACCACCCCACCAGCUACAAACCCUUGUUUGACUGGUUGGAAGGACAUCUGGAUACCUACACGACCACUACAUCAGCCAUGACGUCGGCAAACUGGAACCACAAAACCUAUGCAUGUAGGACUUGAAUUGGAUUGAAGAGUCGAAAUCGCAAGUGAUCGGCCCUACAAUCGCUGCCACUCUGACUGACAGGAAGGUCAUGUGUAAUCACGUGCAGCCUUUUCCGCUCGAACCCAAAUUGCAAGGUCAUUGUGAAUGGCAGUCUUUCUCAACACAGGGAAAAGACGACUCGAUUGGCUUUCAGCGUUUUGACGAGCAGCGCCACCUCGACUCCUUAAAACCCAGGAAUAGCAGUCGCCAGCUCUGUCCGAAAUGACGUCCGUUCGAGUUUGGAUCGCAGGGGUAUUCCCAGUGCGGUGCUUCGAACGUGUGGAAGUUGGGUUAUGAAGCAAAGCGUCAUCUGAUGCUCACCGUCGCUCUUCAGCGGUGCAAAUGCUCUUUGGCUGUGGGUACACUGAAUGCAGGGCAAAGCCGUUAACCGUACACUAACAAAGUCUGGUUGAGGACUUGCUGGCCCAGGUGGUAGCAACCCCAUCCAUCUAAGCGGAACUGGAGAGGAAAGCUUGCUGUUGGAUGGUAGAACGGCUGGCUAGCCAUGACGACAAUGAAGAAAAGGGCGAACCCUGAUGGUGGGGAGCAUACUCAAGGUCGAAGGUACGUCUUCAAGCAACGAGUGAAUGUGGAAACGUACACGGACAUCGCGAUUCACGGACGAAUGAGUAGGGGGUGUGAGAAGGGAAGAGGCGUGAAGAGCGAAAGAAUGGCUGUGGCGAUUCUUGGCUGAGACAGGGACUUCAUCGGCAAAAUGGGAUGGCACAUCACGAUAGAAUUGUAGCUGGUAAUCGUACUAAGUAGGCUUUAAUUUCGUACCGCCCAUGUUACAGCCACUUCUUCAACC